AUGAGUAGCAGAAGAUUGGAUCCAACGGACCGCACGGUCGAUAGUUUUUCAGAUGAACCGCACUUUCCUCCUCCCCCUCGCCUCCCCAGCAGCGGCAAGGCCGGCAGUAGUAGUAGUGCUCGUCGUGUGAGUGCUCGCAGUCGAGAGCUCUUAUCGGAAAGUGCCCGAUCGUCCAUGUGGGAGUCGGCGAGCAGUGAGUUUGGCACCGAAGACGGACGGAGCCGACGCGAGAGUCGUACCCCGGAAUUGGCGCAAGAAGAAGCUCGACAAGUCUUCUGGUCCAAAGUCAUGGUGGCGCUCGUCUUGAUUGGAUCGACCAGUUUGUUGGGGUACUUUGCCUACAAGACGGCGGAACAAGAUGAAGUUAGAGAAUUUGAAAGUCAGUUCCACGCCUUGGCCGACGAAAUUGUGGCUCAAUCCAAGAACAACGCCUACAGUAGCUUUACAGUAUUGGAAUCCUUUAGCAAGACUGUCACCUCCUUGGCUCUCUUUGCCAAUGGAACCUGGCCGUUAGUUUUGCUCCCGCACUUUGAGAUUCGGGCCAGUGACUACCUCGACAUUUCCGGGGCCCAACAAAUUGCCUUUGCUCCCAUUGUCCACGACGAUUCUCGAGAAAGCUGGGAAGCCUACACGGUUGCCAAUCAGGAUUGGAUUCAAAAAGGAUUGGAUCUGGAAUAUGUCCUUCGUCUCUCGGAACGGGAGAAUAAAGAGAACAACAAUCUUGAGGAAGAAGAAGAGGAAAAGAAGAAAAAGACCAUUGCACCUGGAACCAACAUGGCUGGCUUUAGUGUCUUGGGGACUGCCAAACCCAUUCAAGAGUACAUUUGGGAAUACGCUCCCUUGACGCACCGGGCCAUUGUGGAAACCAGCAAGGGGCCCCAUGUGCCGCUCUGGCAAUCCUACCCGGCUCCCCGCAAUUCCUUUGUCGUCAAUUACAACCUACUCAGCAGCCCGGAAUUCACAGAAUUGCUCAAUAGUACCGUCGCCAGUCGCAGAGCCGUCUUGUCCAAUGUCAUUGACAACUUUGUACUGUUUGGGAAUGCCCAAACCAUUGACGUCGAUCCCAAAUCCGUCGUCGUACAGCCCGUCUUUGAAUCCUUUGAAGCCAAGUCCGAUGUCGUGGGAUUCCUCAUUGUCGUCAUUCCCUGGUUCAUUUACUUUAACAAUGUCUUGAACAAUGGGGCCAGUCCUUUGGUUUGCGUCCUCCGCAACUCGUGUGGAGAAGCCUUUAGCUAUCAAGUGGAUGGCCCAAAGGCGAUGUUCAUGGGAGAAGGGGAUUGGCACGAUCCGGCAUUUGAUUAUUUGCAAGUCAAGACACAAUUUGCGGCCUUUUUCCAAGGCGCCAACGACAAGGCGGAACAUCACUAUGCAUUACAUCAUCAAGUCCAAUCGGUCUGCGAGUUUUCGUUGCAUGUCUAUCCGACGCAGGAAAUGGCCAACGCACAUGCCUCCUCGACACCCAUCUACAUUACCCUGGCGGUCAUGGGAGUCAUGACAUUUACGUCCCUCGUGUUUCUCUUGUACGACUUUUUGGUUUCCAAGCGACAGUUGAAGAUUGUGCAGGCGGCAAACAAGACGACUGCCAUUGUCGCUAGUUUGUUUCCGCAAGAAGUGCACGACCGCCUGUUUGCAUCGGCGGCGUUGGGUGGAAACACGAGGGAUGACAGUGUUAGCAGUCACGCGCCCAAGUAUCGAUUACGGACCUUCUUGUCGGACGAAGAAGAGCAAGCGCACAAGAAGAAUCAAAAGCAAAAUGGUGCCGGCGGUGGCGCGGAAAAAGAUGCACCGAUUGCCGAUCUCUUCCCCGAGUGCACCGUCAUGUUUUGUGAUAUUGCAGGAUUUACGGCUUGGUCUUCUGUGCGAGAGCCUUCUCAGGUUUUCAUCCUUUUGGAAAACGUUUACUCCGCGUUUGAUGAGAUUGCCAGCAGGAGAAAGGUCUUUAAGGUCGAAACAAUCGGGGAUAGCUACCUUGCGGUUGCUGGUCUACCAACCCCACGACGAGAUCACGCCCAGGCGAUGGUGAAGUUCGCACAUGAUUGUCUUACGAGGAUGAAGAGCCUAGCAAAGAGCUUGGAGUUGGAGCUUGGCCCCGGAACUGCAGAACUCACGAUGAGAUUUGGCUUGCACAGUGGCCCCGUGACAGCUGGUGUGCUUCGUGGCGAGAAGACCAGGUUCCAGCUCUUUGGUGACACAGUCAACACGGCAAGUCGUAUGGAGAGUACAGGGGAAAGAGAUUUGAUUCAAGUGUCAGAAGAAACGGCUAAUUUGCUCAAGGCUGGAGGAAAAGAUAAAUGGCUGAAACCGCGGGAAACAAAAGUUGUCGCCAAGGGCAAGGGCGAGCUUCAAACAUACUGGGCAAAUCCUCGUUCGUCGUCGUCGGAGUCCAUGUCUUCCCAUUCGAAUUCACACUUCGAAGAAGACGAUCGAUUUGACUUCAGUCUGAGACAGGUUGUUAGUACGCGACAACUUCACGGCUCCAUUGCUUUCAAGAGGGAGCUAGAUCCUAGCCGCAAGCGAAUUGUACACUGGAUUGCUGAGAUUAUGCUGAAACUCUUGAAGCAAAUUGUGGCUCGUCGAGUAGCCGGUGGUGGAACCAUGAUCAAGAACAAUGACGAUGUUUUCUCAUCGCAGUUUGUCGUCAACGGUAAUCCUAUUGACGAGGUCAUUGAUAUCAUCACGCUUCCCAAGUUUGACCGCAAGAUUGCAAAGAAACAAGCCAACUUUGCUUCGGUACAACUUCCAGAAGUCAUUCUUGACCAGCUCCACAGUUUCAUUGCUGAGGUAGCCCUCCUGUACAGAAACAACCCUUUCCACAACUUCGAUCACGCUGGACAUGUAACCAUGUCAGUGAACAAGCUUCUCUGCCGUAUCAUUGCUCCAGAUGUCGAUCCCUCAGAUCAGGAAAACAAGAAGGGUUACGAGUCGAUCAGGCAUGAUCAUACGUAUGGCAUCACUUCGGCCCCUCUUACGCAAUUUGCAGUGGUGUUUUCAGCUCUUAUUCAUGAUGCCGACCAUCCUGGAUUUCCCAAUAUGGUCCUUGUCAAUGAAAAGAACCCUCUCGCCAAAAAGUAUCAAAACAGAAGCGUUGCAGAGCAGAAUUCCUUUGAUUUGUGUUGGGCAAUUCUGAAGAAAGACAAGUAUGCCAGCCUCCGUGGUUGCAUCUAUACAACAGAGGAAGAGAUGAAACGCUUUAGACAGCUCGUUAUCAACACUAUCAUCGCCACCGACAUUUCGGAUAAGACUCUCAGUGCACAACGAAAGGCUCGGUGGAAUCUUGCCUUCGCGGGUGAAUGUGAUCGGCAGAAGUUCGAGGACUGCUCCGAAGGAUUGUGUGAUGAGUCUGCUCUUGUCUCCGUCAACAGAAAGGCCACAAUUGUGAUCGAACAUCUAAUUCAAGCCUCUGAUGUUGCCCAUACAAUGCAGCAUUGGCACAUUUACCAGAAAUGGAAUGAGAAACUCUUCAAGGAGAUGUACGAAGCUUACCAAGAUGGCAAGCUGGAGAAGGACCCUUCCCUGGGCUGGUAUGAAGGGGAGAUUGGAUUCUUUGACUUCUACAUCAUCCCUCUCGCGAAGAAGCUUAAGGAAUGCGGAGUCUUUGGUGUGUCCAGUGCAGAGUACUUGCAGUAUGCUCUUGCGAACAGGAGGGAGUGGGAGAUGAGAGGGCGCGACGUCGUGAGAGAAUUCGUCGCCAAACACACCAUUUCGAGCAUCGAAGAAGCAUUGGAAUAG